ACCAGUCAAAACAACACGAAAUGAACGUCCUAGCGCGAAAUUUUGCACAAAAUCUGUUGAAAUACAAUGGUGCCGGUCGUAUACAGGCGGCGGCUAGGAGCUUCAGUACACAGGCGACAGAUGGGAAAGAAGUAGAGAAACUAGUGAACAACAGCAAAGUGGUAAUUUUCAUGAAAGGCAACCCGGAUGCACCGCGAUGCGGAUUCAGCAAUGCAGUGGUACAGAUUUUGCGGAUGCAUUCGGUUAAAUACGACAGUCACGACGUACUGCAAAAUGAAGCGCUCCGACAAGGCAUUAAGGACUUUUCGAACUGGCCCACUAUUCCGCAGGUUUUCAUCAACGGAGAGUUCGUGGGCGGAUGCGAUAUCCUGCUGCAAAUGCACCAGAACGGCGAGUUAAUCGACGAGUUGAAAAAAGCUGGCAUUGAGAGUGCUUUGGCAAAGGAGGCCGAGAAGUAGAAAGUAACGUAGGAAUAUAACGAAGUGUGUUGGGAUCGUGCGGCAAUAAAACAAAUCUUGUCUUGAAAGCAAUAACUACUGGCACCCCUAGUCCUCGGCAAGUGAAAUAGGAAAGUAAUGUCGAAAUAAGAAACAAUGCGU